AACGGAAGUACAUCCAUGCACAUUACCUGCACGGAGAUAUAUCCUACCCUUUUACAAUAUUAAAAAAAAUAACCGCCAUUAUCUGGCUCAGACAGCAUAACUUCACUGACCAUAUGAUCGGCCGCCUCGGAUAUCAUGCAUGGCUAACUCGAUGUGCCUGUAAAAUUUUAAAAUAACCCCUCGCGCGCAGUUGGCGUUGAACUCCGGCGGUCGAGCGAUCGUCAUUUUUUCGCUCCCGCGCUUUUCUAUUCGCCACCUACCGUUGCGGCCCGGCGCGAAGUUCGUUUGUUUUUUCUUGUACUUAGCCUGCUGGAUCUCAGAUUGCGAGGAUGGAUAGAUUGGGAGUUGCUCUGCUAGCUGUGAGCUUGGCGAGUUUCGCAAAUGCAGUUGUCAAGGUGCUGGACCUAGACGUACCAGAAUCCGUAGAAAUUGGCAGUACAGAUGAAAUCGUGAUGGUGUGCAAUUUCGUGGCGAGCAAAGACGAAGCAGCUGAAAUGAAAUGGUUCUACAAUGGCAACAUUGAACAAAUAUAUCAGUGGAUACCAGACUCAGAUAAACCUCCUGGAGCAAUCGGACGGUUUAAAGAAAGGCUAGAUGUGGAGCAUUCUUCGCCAGAUCCUCGUGCAAAGUACAACACUUUAAAGAUCAAGGAUGUAUCGUAUGAUCUUAGCGGCAACUAUACUUGUAAAAUAAGUGGAAUCAAGAGUGAAGAUUCGCAGACUAAGCAACUGGUUGUUUAUUCACCACCGAAGUCUGACUUGGAGAUAAUCCUCUUCAAAAACGAAAAUCUUGUGAUAUGUACCGUCAGCGGGAUUUAUCCCAUGCCUAAACUGGACUUUUACAUAGUUGAUGGGAACGAAACGAGGAACAUCGAUGAAGAAAUCGAAUCCGACAGUGAUGAAAACGGAUUCAACGUGACUGCAAGGUAUCGAUUCGACAACACCACAUUGUCAAACCCCACGACGUUUCUCUGUAAUCUCACGAUUCCCGGUACUGACUACAAUCUGUACAAGGAACUGGAUUAUUACCUAGAGGACGAAAGUGUAAUAGAGGACGAAGAUUACACAGAUUGGUUGAUAUCAAAUGAAACAACCGGUGAGGAAGCUUCGAUAGAUCUUAAUCAGUGGCACGCUCAAAAUGUCACAAUGGAAGAUAGUUCCGGUAUCGCCAACCACCCAACAAUAUUCGCCUCGCUACUUUUCCUGUCGACGUUUCUGCUCAUAAGUUAACUCACCGCUAGGCAACCUAAGCGAAUUUUUUGUGAUAUUAAUACCUAUACCAAAUGUGCUGCAAAAUGUGUGUGUAGAAAUAAUGUAAAAAGGUGUAUAUACAGAAUGUUGUAUAAAGAGUAAUACUUAGUGUACAUAAAAAAAUGAAAAAUGUACAAUGCUUACACGUGGCCUACACCAAAGAAUGUUGUAUGUAUAUAAAAUAUUUAGGAUUAACUCUAUAUUUUAACAUAUUGUAUAAGGUUCUUAUACUAGUCCGGAAUAAAAUGACUCGUAUUUUUAA